CUUUAGCCCCAGCUGGUUUGGCUCAGUGAGGAGAGCACGGGCCCUCGGACUGAAGGGUCUCAGGUUCCAUUCCGGCCCCGAUUGGGAUGCACGUGAGAGACAACCAGUCCAUGUGUCUCUCUCACAUCCAUGAUUCUCUCUCUCUCUCUCUGUCCCUCCCCUUCCCUUCCACUCUCUCUAAAAAAAUCAAUGGAAAAAAAUAUCCUCGGAUGAACAUUAACACACACACAAAAUCACUUUAUGUCUCUGUUGACCUUUUAACUAUUCCUAUUGGCUUUAUUUUCUUCGUGGUUUCUCUUGAUUUCCCACUUGAAUAUUCUUUUCUAUGAAGUACCUAUUUGAUUCUCUUGUCUAUUGCGGUUGUCUGCCUGAUUCUUAGUGAUGAGUAUGACUUCUUUAUAUAUUACGGAUACAAGAUUCUUAAGGAAUAAUGUGUUACAAAUCUUCGCCCAUUAUGUGGCUUGCCUUUUUACUCUCAUAAUGGUUUCUUUUGAUUUAAAAAAUGUUAUAAUUUUGCUGUUCUAUAUUCUAAGCCUUCAUUUUUUCAUCUGUAAAGUAUGGAUUAUGAUAGUAUUUCACUCACAGAGCUGUUAUGAGAAUUAAAUAGAAGAAUGCAUGUACUCCUGGCACUAAAUGACACUCAGUGAAUAUUAUUUUUACUCCUAGUGUCACCUGUUUCUUUCCCCAUCAAACCUUCCAUUUCCUUCUGUUUCCUCUGUUUUGAGUCUCAGAGAGAGCAUGUUGUAACAGAAAAGGCUGGUCAUUUGACCUUGAUUCAUUCUUAACUUAUUCUGAGCCUGUGGUUAUUUGUAAAAUGGGGUUUCCAUCACCUUUGGGGUACAAUUUUCCCCCUUUCCUAUUGAACAUUACUAUGUACCAGCCACUAAAAAGGGAAAAAACAAAAUUAGACAGAACUCAAGCUCACUUGUCGAUCUCAUGACCCCUCCCUCCUACUGAAAUGAAACCUCAGUGCUAGGGGAGAGAAGUGGUUCACUUUAACCACGGCCCUCCAGAGAACAGCAUGCCUGUUUCCCCAGCGAGCUUCAGCCUCAUCUUUCUCCUCUGCCAGCUCACAGGGCCUGCAGCCUCUGGAGCCCAGCAGGAGCUGGUGGGUGCCGUCGGUGGGUCUGUGACUUUCCCUCUGACACACUCACUAGAUCGGAUUGAGAGCAUUAUCUGGUUCUUUGAAAGUACUACUCUUAUCACCAUACAGCCAACAACGACAAACAAACCAGACACUGUCAUAGUGACUAAAAAUCAUAACAAGGGAAGGGUAGGCUUCUCACACGGGAACUACUCCCUGAAGCUCAGCAAACUGAGUAAGAAUGACUCAGGUGCCUACUCUGUCCAAAUACACAGCCCGUCCCUCCAGGAGCCCUUCGUCCAGGAGUAUGGGCUGCGUGUCUAUGAGCACCUAUCGAAGCCCCAAAUCACCUUGGGUCUGAAGAGCAAUAAAAAUGGCACCUGUGUGACCAACCUGACAUGCUUCCUGGAACGGGGAGGAGAGGAUGUGACUUACAGCUGGAAGACCCUGGGGAAGACCUCCAAUGAGUCCCAUAAUGGUUCCGUCCUCCCCAUAACCUGGACGCUGAGGGAAAAGGACAUGACCUUCAUCUGCAUGGCCAGGAACCCCAUUAGCAGCAACUCUUCAAACACCAUCUUUGCCCAGAAGCUCUGUGAAGAUAUUGCUGGUGACCUAGAUUCCACCAUGGGCCUGUGGAUCUCCUUGCUGCUCAUUGUCCUUAUACUGGUGUUAAUUAUUUUGACUAUGUGGAAACAAACAAGAAAAGAGUCCACUGAAGAGAAGAGAAUGGGCACUCAUCCAGAAAUUCCUAACUGCUACCCGCCCUCUGGAGAGACCGCAGAGUAUGAUACAAUCUCUAACCCAAACAAAACUAUUCCAGAGGAAAAUUCAGUCCAUUCUCCUUAUUGCACAGUGCAAAUACCCCAAAAGGUGGAGAAACCCCACUCACUGCCCACAUCGCCAGACAGAUCAAAGCUAUUUAUCUACGAGAAAGUCAUCUAAACCGCACUGCACUCCCUCCUGUGUCAUCCCAAAGAAAACAAACGAAUUCAGACAUGACCACAAAAUCUGAGGAAGAACAAAGAACACAGUUCCUUCCUGGAAAACUAUCCUUUUGAUGCUAUUGUAAUUAGCUAAUCCUAUCUAAUAAACAGGGAAUAUGCUAAUUGAUCCUCAUGCCAUCCCAAAGAUGGCGGUGCCCACAGCCAAUAAGGAGGGAAUAGCUAAUCAACUGCCACACCCUCAAAGAUGGCAGCAUGCACAGCCACAAGAUGGCCAGCAGGGUAAGGCAGUUGUAGGUGAUCAGGCCAGCAAGGGAGGGCAGUUAGGGGCAACCAGGCCAGCAGGGGUGGUCAGUUGGGUGUGAUCAGGCCAGCAGGGAAGGGCAGUUGGGGAUGACCAGGCCAGCAGGGAAGGGCAGUUGGGGAUGACCAGGCCUGCAGGGGACGGCAGUUGGGGGCGAUCGGGCCGGCAGGGGAGCAGUUAGGCAUCAAUCAGGCUGGCAGGGGAGUGGUUAGGGGGUGAUCAGGCUGGCAGGCAGAAGUGGUUAGGGGUGAUCAGGCAGGCAGGCGAGCAGUUAGGGGCAGUCAGGCAGGCAGGUGAGUGAUUAGGGAUGAUGAGGCAGGCAGGUGAGUGGUUUGGGGCAAUGAGGCAGGCAGGCAGAGGGAUUAGGGGUGAUCAGGCAGGCAUGCAGGCAUGCAGGCAAGCAGUUAGGAACCAGUGGUCCCAGAUUGCGAGAGGGUGCAGGCCAGGCUGAGGGGACCCUUCCCCCGCCCCCCCCACCCCCAGUGCACAAAUUUUGUUCACCGGGCUUCUAGUUGUUAAUAACAGUAAAGGAGCAAAUAGGAGGCCAAAUAUUACUGGAAUGUCAUUUGGGCAGUUUCACCAGAACACUAAAGCUUUGCACUCCCCAGGGAGCCACAGGUCUACUCCCACAGAUUGGACAGAGAGGAGAAUAGACACACGCCCAGUAAACUGAGGGUGACAAAAGGAAAGUGCUUGCUGUCAGUCACACCUCAAAACAGCCCACUGGCCAGAGUAGGUAUGGCCACUGCAAGGGCAUGUAACGUGGGAUAUUUUUCCCCUGAACAAAGACGUUCAUUCUCUUGGUUGCUCUUGACUCCUGACUUGUGGGGCUCUCUGGCUCCUGCUUUCUGCAUUUGCCACGGCCGUGUGGACGCCACACGAAAUGGACUGAUGGGCUGUCACCAGCCUGAUGCUGAGCGGGACCCGGCUACACCAUGGGACAGGAACCCGGGGCCCCAGUUCUGAUUUAGCUUCACUGAAACGCCAGCUACACUUCCUCCAGGAAGGGAAUGGGACCUUAGGAGCCCAGGGAUGUAAUUCCACACAAAUAAAAGUCACUCAUCCUCCCAUGCAAGUCUCAGAAAAUUCUUUUUCUUGAGAUAUCAUAAGGACCCCACCCCCAGCAUCAGGUGGGGAAGAGGACACCCCAAUUUCCUUGAUAACACUUUAUGCUCCUUCAGAUUUAUGAGUGCCUAAUUCUACCUCCUGCUGAGAAGUCUCCUCAAACCCAGAAGAUAUAAUUACGUCUUCGUGGAUAUGUGACUGUGGACUUAUCAGCCAAACCGAAGCAAGGAGCUUAGAAGUGUCUCUGCUGAAAUAUAAGUGCAGUGUCACACAGAGGAAUGAUGGCUUCAUCCCAGGGCUUGGAAGUCAGGAAUAGUCCAAGGGUCUGGUUGUCAAGAGGCAAACCUGUACAAACAGCAGACAUUCUCAGCAGAGGCAGACAUAGCAGCUGGAAACAGAUUCAUUAACUAACUCCUUAACUGUGUGCCUGGCACUGUGCUGAGCUUACACUGGUUUUGGCCAGUCAUGCCCUCUGCUCUGGUGAAAUUGGCCCCUCAUGAACCAUUUCUGUAGCAGUCCCAGGAGGCCUGGCCACAGAUUCCCAACAGACAGGACGUCCGUCAGCCACAGAUCCACAGGACGUGGAGGUCAAAGUGCACAAGGACAGAGAAGCCAGGUGGAAGACUGGGUUGAGCUGGACGGAAACUCAGAAGUGUGGCUGGAGGAGGUGGAGAAAAGGGAACCCUCGUGCCCUGCUGGUGGGAAUGCAGACUGGUGCAGCCACUGUGGAGAGCAGUGCCAAGUCUCCUCAAAAAGUUAAAAAUGGAACUGCCUUUUGAGCCAGUGAUCCCACUUCUGGGAUUAUAGCGUUUCACAAAACACUGAUGCGAAAAAUUAUGGACCAAAAGGGGCCACAGGCUAAACUUGACAAGUUCUGGGGAGGCCUCAGAGACCGAAAGUAAGCUCAUAGGAUGGUCUAAACUUUCUGAACUGAAAGUUUAUGGCAGGUGGUCUUGUCCUACGCUAGAAUCUUCCCUGACAAAGGUCAAUCUUCACCUUAACGAAGACUGUCGUCUUUUUGCAUCUAAAACAACAUACCUGGUAAACAUGCCUUUGCAGAAAACAAAGUAAUUUCCCUUUGUCCGGACCCUCAAACCGCAGGCGCCGCGGAGCAGAGCCAGAGAUCACCAGUGGAUUUCACGUAGCCCACUUCGGCUUUCUCUUUUGAUAGUGAUGUAUAUAUAAAGCAGGGUGUGGAGCUGCCAUUUCCUCAGUCUGUUGAGGUUUUGCUUUCCAGCAAUCAUUGUCAGCUUGGCUCAAAUAAACUCAUAAAAAUUCUCUACAGUUAUGAAUAUUCUUAUGCUGACAGAAUAUAUGCACUCCUAUGUUCACAGCAGCGUUAU